GGGCGCGGUACGGUGGCCGCGCGGGGCGCCGGGGCCGGGGCGGGCGCGCUCGCUCACACGGCCGGGCCGAGCAUGGGCGACCGCGGCGCGGCGGCGGCCGGCGGUGGCCGGCGGCGGCGCGGGGCGGCGGCGGCAGCAGCAACAGCGGCCCGGCAGCCCCCCGCGGCCGAGCAGGGCGGCGGCGAGCCGGGCCCCGACGGCGGGAGCGACCUCGGCGGCGACUUCAGCUGCCACAAGGUGCAGGAGUCGCUGCUGAGCUCGGCCAGCGGCUACAGCAACUACCGCGGCAUCCUCAACUGGUGUGUGGUGAUGCUGGUCCUGAGCAACGCCCGGCUCUUCCUGGAAAACCUCAUCAAGUACGGCAUCCUGGUGGACCCCAUCCAGGUGGUCUCCCUGUUCCUCAAAGACCCCUACAGCUGGCCCUCCCUGUGCCUGAUCAUCGCGUCCAACGUGUUCGUGGUGGCGGCCCUGUCCCUCGAGAGGCGGCUGGCAGCGGGCUCCCUCUCGGAGGGCGCCGGCGCCGUCCUGCACGCCAUCAACCUCCUGGCCAUCCUCUGCUUCCCGGCCGUGGUGGUGCUCAUGGUGACCUCCAUCACGCCAGUGGGGGCCGUGUUCACCCUGGCCAUCUACACCGUCAUCUUCCUCAAGCUAUUCUCCUUCCGAGACGUGAACAAGUGGUGCCGGGAGAGGAGGGAAGCGAAAGCCUCCCCGCGCCCGGGCGACGGCUCGGCCGCAGCUGCGGGGCCAAAGAAGGCCAACGGGGACGUGGGCCAGGGCAGGGUCACCUACCCGGCCAACCUCACCUACAGAAACCUCUACUACUUCGUCUUCGCGCCCACCCUGUGCUACGAGCUGAACUUCCCCCGCUCCCCGCGGAUACGCAAGCGCUUCCUCCUCCGGCGCCUCUUCGAGAUGCUCUUCUUCAUCCAGCUGCUGGUGGGGCUGAUCCAGCAGUGGAUGGUGCCCACGAUCCAGAACUCCAUGAAGCCGUUUCGGGACAUGGACUAUUCCCGGAUCAUCGAGCGGCUCCUGAAGCUGGCUGUCCCCAACCACCUCAUCUGGCUCAUCUUCUUCUACUGGUUCUUCCACUCCUGCCUGAACGUGGUGGCCGAAGUGAUGCAGUUCGGGGACCGGGAGUUUUACCGGGACUGGUGGAACUCGGAGUCGGUGACCUACUUCUGGCAGAACUGGAACAUCCCUGUGCACAAGUGGUGUCUGAGGCACUUCUACAAGCCCAUGCUGAAGCGGGGGGCCAGCAAGUGGACCGCGCAGACGGCCGUCUUCCUGGCGUCCGCCUUCUUCCACGAGUACCUGGUGAGCGUGCCCCUGAAGAUGUUCCGGCUCUGGGCGUUCAUGGGGAUGGCGGCUCAGAUCCCGCUGGCCUGGUUCGUGUCGAAGUUCUUCAGGGGUAACUACGGGAACGCGGCCGUCUGGAUCUCCCUGAUCAUCGGGCAGCCCGUCGCCGUCCUGAUGUACGUGCACGACUACUACGUGCUCAACUAUGAAGGAAGCCAGUGAGGCGCCGGCCCGCGUUUCCCUCCCGGUGCGCGGCAGGAAGGCAGGCGAGGAGGGAGCCGGGUCCUGCUGCUUCCCGGGAGCCUUUGGACUGCGUCGCAGCGGCGCUCGCGCGGAGGUGCCCUCGCCUCGGGGAGUUGCCUUGCGCCCUUUUCUAGCUGUACAGAGUCGCCGAGAGGCGUCACUAUUUUUGUGAAUUGAAUGUCGGAUCAAUGCAAUAGCCCCUGGGGAGGGGCGUCCCCUGCUCUGUCCUGGGCCGCGUUGGGGCCCCGGGGGUGCUGGCCCGGGGCACGGGGGAGGCGGGAGCUGAGCCUGGCUGCCUCCAUCCCCCGGCAGCGCGUGCGGGUGCCGCCUCGGGGCUGGCAGGAUUCGGGCGCCCGCUCCGGCCGCCCCCGCCGAAGGCCUCUACCCCGGGCUUCAAGCUUUAAGCGGCCGCCUGCGCGGCAGAGCCUCCCUUCCGUAAGGCACUUUAAAGGACUGUCCCCGGACUGUGACCGCUCUGAUCCGUCCCCACGUCCCUCCCUCCGGCUGGUGCUCCCUGGGGUGCUCCUGGAGCCGGCCCCUCGGUACGAGCCUUGCGCCGCCCUCGGUGCUCAGCCCCGGCCUCGCUUCGUGCAUGGCCGUGGGGGCCUGGGCACCGCCUGCUCCGUCCCCGUCCGGCUGCCCCUGCCCGCAGCCCUCUCCUUGCCACGGGGCCCGGGUGAGGAGCGGGGCUGGCCGGGGCUGCUGGGAGCCGCUGCUGCCGCCCAGCGCUGCGCCGGUCUCACUCAGCCACUUUUUAACCUUUCGGGACUGUCUGUCAAAUACUGAGUGAUUAAAGUGUCUUUUUCACACCUGG